ACCGGCUCACUCGCCCACAGAUCCACCGACGUUGCUCCCGCUGGGCUCUGGCUGGAGGCGAGCUGCAGACCGGGAGAAAGAGAGCGGGGCGCGAGGCGGAGAGCGGAAGUGACGCGAGCGACUUCCGGGGGCGACCGGGAAGAGCGAGCAGCGGCGGCGGCUGGCGGGGCGGGAAGCUACCCGCAUCAGCAGCUGUAGGCGAAGCAAGUUCCGGAGCUGGCUCCAGCGUCCUCACGCAGGACCGUCGCCGCUCUUACCUGGCUGCGGGCUAUCUCCUGACUGUGCCUCCUCUGCCCGGCGCUUUCCGAGGGCGUCCGCUCCUCGCCCCUGUGGUGGCACCUUUCUCCGGUGUAGCACUCACCCCAGCUCCAUGAAUGGAAAUCGGCUCCGCAGGACCCACUGGGGCCCAGCCCCUAUUCAUAGUGCCCAGAAGACCUGGGUAUGGCACUAUGGGCAAACCCAUUAAACUGUUGGCUAACUGUUUUCAAGUUGAAAUCCCAAAGAUCGAUGUCUACCUCUAUGAGGUCGACAUCAAACCAGACAAGUGUCCUCGAAGAGUGAACAGAGAAGUUGUUGAUUCAAUGGUUCAGCAUUUUAAAGUGACUAUAUUUGGAGACCGUAGACCAGUUUAUGAUGGAAAAAGAAGCCUUUACACAGCCAAUCCACUUCCUGUGGCAACCACUGGGGUAGAUUUAGAUGUUACAUUACCUGGGGAAGGUGGAAAAGAUCGACCUUUCAAGGUGUCAGUCAAAUUUGUGUCUCGAGUCAGUUGGCACCUACUACAUGAAGUACUGACUGGAGGGACUUUGCCUGAGCCACUGGAAUUAGACAAGCCAAUCAGCACUAACCCGGUCCAUGCCGUUGACGUGGUGCUCCGACAUCUGCCCUCUAUGAAAUAUACGCCUGUGGGGCGUUCCUUUUUCUCAGCUCCAGAAGGAUAUGACCACCCUCUGGGAGGGGGCAGGGAAGUAUGGUUUGGAUUCCACCAGUCUGUUCGGCCUGCCAUGUGGAAAAUGAUGCUAAAUAUUGAUGUUUCUGCCACUGCCUUUUACAAAGCACAGCCUGUAAUUCAAUUCAUGUGUGAAGUUCUUGACAUUCACAACAUUGAUGAACAACCCAGGUCCCUGACUGAUUCUCAUCGGGUAAAAUUCACUAAGGAGAUAAAAGGUCUGAAGGUUGAAGUGACUCAUUGUGGAACAAUGAGACGGAAAUACCGUGUUUGUAAUGUAACGAGAAGGGCUGCCAACCACCAAACUUUUCCUUUACAGCUAGAAAAUGGCCAAACUGUGGAGAGAACUGUAGCUCAGUAUUUCAGAGAAAAGUAUACACUUCAGCUGAAGUACCCACAUCUCCCCUGUCUGCAAGUGGGGCAGGAGCAGAAGCAUACGUACCUGCCACUAGAAGUCUGUAAUAUUGUGGCUGGGCAAAGGUGUAUCAAGAAACUAACAGACAAUCAGACUUCUACUAUGAUUAAGGCAACAGCAAGAUCUGCACCAGAUAGACAAGAGGAAAUUAGCAGAUUGGUAAGAAGUGCAAAUUAUGAAACAGAUCCAUUCGUUCAGGAGUUUCAGUUUAAAGUGCGGGAUGAAAUGGCCCAUGUGACCGGACGCGUACUUCCAGCACCUAUGCUCCAGUAUGGAGGACGGAACCGGACAGUAGCAACCCCCAGCCAUGGAGUGUGGGACAUGCGAGGAAAACAGUUCCACACAGGAGUCGAAAUCAAAAUGUGGGCUAUCGCUUGCUUUGCCACACAGAGGCAGUGCAGAGAAGAAAUACUGAAAGGUUUCACAGACCAGCUGCGAAAGAUUUCCAAGGAUGCAGGGAUGCCCAUCCAAGGCCAACCAUGCUUCUGCAAAUACGCACAGGGAGCAGACAGCGUGGAGCCCAUGUUCCGGCAUCUCAAGAAUACGUAUUCUGGACUACAGCUCAUUAUCGUCAUCCUGCCAGGAAAGACACCUGUGUAUGCGGAGGUGAAGCGUGUAGGAGAUACACUUUUGGGUAUGGCCACACAGUGUGUGCAAGUCAAGAAUGUAAUAAAAACAUCUCCUCAAACACUUUCAAACUUGUGCCUAAAGAUCAAUGUUAAGCUUGGAGGAAUUAAUAAUAUUCUUGUACCUCAUCAAAGACCUUCUGUGUUCCAGCAACCAGUGAUCUUCCUGGGCGCAGAUGUCACACACCCACCUGCUGGUGAUGGAAAGAAGCCUUCCAUUGCUGCUGUUGUAGGUAGUAUGGACGCCCACCCAAGCAGAUACUGUGCCACAGUAAGAGUUCAGAGACCACGACAGGAAAUCAUCCAGGACUUGACCUCUAUGGUCCGGGAACUGCUCAUCCAGUUUUAUAAGUCAACCCGAUUCAAACCGACUCGGAUAAUCUUUUACCGGGAUGGUGUUUCAGAAGGACAGUUUAGACAGGUAUUAUAUUAUGAGCUACUAGCAAUUCGAGAAGCCUGUAUCAGUUUGGAAAAAGACUAUCAACCUGGAAUAACUUACAUUGUUGUUCAGAAGAGACAUCACACACGACUGUUCUGUGCUGAUAGAACAGAAAGGGUUGGAAGAAGUGGCAACAUCCCAGCGGGAACCACGGUGGAUACCGACAUCACUCACCCAUAUGAGUUCGACUUUUAUCUCUGUAGCCAUGCUGGAAUACAGGGUACCAGCCGUCCUUCACACUAUCAUGUUUUAUGGGAUGACAACUUCUUUACUGCAGAUGAACUUCAGCUGCUCACUUACCAGCUCUGUCACACUUACGUACGCUGUACAAGAUCUGUUUCUAUCCCUGCACCAGCAUAUUACGCUCACCUGGUAGCAUUCAGAGCUAGAUAUCAUCUUGUGGACAAGGAACAUGACAGUGCUGAAGGAAGCCAUGUUUCGGGACAGAGCAAUGGACGAGAUCCACAGGCUCUUGCCAAGGCUGUACAGAUUCACCAAGAUACCUUACGCACAAUGUACUUUGCUUAACCAGUCCACGUUUAUUCUCCGAGAGGAAGAGAUGAAAGGCGAAUCAACAUACAAUGUAUGUUUCCAGUGGAGUCAGUUUGCUGGGGAGGCUCCAGCCACACAGAAGCCAGUACUAUGUAGACAUCUGGUCCUUAUGUUGAUCCGAGGAAAACUGUUUACUCUGUUGAAGAACUCAGCACCACUGUACUCUAGGGAGCCAGCCCGCUGCUUUUUUGCAGUCUGCUGUAGAAGAUGCAUCACUGUUGUUUAUUCUCACUCCUUACAGUCUAACCCUUUUAAUGCCUUUACCUCAAGUUGCUUAGCAGCACAACUAUCUCUACAAAAAAAGUAAAGAAAAAGUGAAUGGUGGUUUAAAACACACACACAAAUAAUGAUUGUUCAGUUAUAAGUGCAGAAAAAGUAAUGUGCAUCUAUUCUUGUAAAGGAGUCUGUAUUUUCAAUAUCCACACAUUACUUCAUGUGCAUAUGUAUCUAGAUCUAGGUUACUGAUAUAUAUUUGUCUGUGUGUAUAUUUUAUAAUUCAUUCCCCUGAGGAACUCUGUUUCCUUGCAUCCCCUCUUAGGCUGCAUUUAUUUUCUUCACUACCUCCCUUGCCUUCAGCAUCUGUAUUUUGGUCCCUAUAGCUACAAAUGACAUUCCUAUGUGCAUACAUAUGGUUCAUUUGAAGGAAAGCUUGGCAAAUUAGACUUCUGGUUUUAUUUUAUGUGCCUACUCCUAGCUCCUGCCUCUCACACAGGAGUCCUCGGCUCCUAAAGCCAUGUUUGUGAGCGUCUGCUCCACGUGUGUGCUGUGUUCAGAAACAGUGGCAACCCAAGAAUUCUUUUCUGUAGUGAGUUUGUUAAAGCUGCUAUAAAUACGAAACCCUGUCAGACGUCUUUCUGAUCAGUGGCAAAUGUUCUAAAGCCUUCUGUUUAUAUGAGUUACACCUGGAAAUCCCUUCAAGCUUUUAUAAACAGUAAACAUUUUAAAAAUCUGAAACACUAUAGGAUGGAAAAAGGAAGGAGUUGGGUUUGUUUUUGUUUUGUUUUUGCUAGUUUACUUACUGCCCUCAUACCUUAAUGUGAUUUUCAUAUGUAUGUAUGUAUAUAUAUACAAUAUAUAACAUAUAUAUACACACAUACAUAUAUGUUGAAGUAUAGGUCCUUUUGCCUUUAUAUUCAUUAGAAUAGUGCUUUAAUAAUUAUAAACUGUAUUGGCUACAUCUUUUCUAGAACUAUAGUCAUGUUUAAGAACUUAGACAGUUUUUGUUCUCUUUUAGUGUAAUAAGCAAUUUUACAGGAAAGUCUUAUCGGUCGUCCUCACCAUGGAUAACAGGUAGAGCAGACAUCUGUCAUUUAAAGGGAACAAAGUAAUACAGCCUUAAUUUCAGAAGAAGAGUUUCAUAAUUUUCAGUUUUAAAGCAAUUCCUUAAAACAAUUUUAGCCAAAGGAGUAAAACUGAUUAAAGAUCAGAAACAUAGUUGAACUUCAGUUUUUAAAAAUGACGGUGAACAGCUUAAGAUUUAAAUAUUUUUAAAUUAUCUGAAGAUAUAUCUUACUUAUUGAAGAAUUAUGCUUCUUUGACUAACAGGAAUCGAGAAAAUACUGGAUGAUUUUUUUCUAUCUUUUUACCAGUGUAACUUUCUCUUUAAAAAUAAGAUGGCAGUGAUGAAGGAAAUUAGGACUUUGAUCAUUUAAAAUUAGUAAAAUUUCUGAAAUACAGUGAAAACUCUUAAAAAACAUAGUUUUCUCCACUUCUUUAAUCAAUAACUUUAGUUAAUAAAUUUGAAGCUGUCAAAGCUGAGUUUCUCAGUAAUGGCAGGUUCGGGGAACUUUGCACUUUGUAAGUCAUGAACAUUGCAUGUGAGUUUUCCUCUGUGCUUGUUCCUACCCCAGCUCUGAGGACACUACAGAUGUUUGUGGUGGACACUGUCAGCCAUGAACCUUUCAGAACCCUGCCUGCCAUGAACAGGAAUGCAGUUAGGUUUUCAUUUGCUCUCUUACUUUUAGUCCACAUUGUUGCCAAUUUACUGCAUUUGAAUCUAAAAUCUGAGCCAUGUCCUAUAGGCAUGAAUUUUUCUGUCCCUUUGCCAGAACACUAAAGUACUGUAUUUUAUAUGUUUAUUGCUUUGAAGUAUCUAAAAUGCAAUUCUCAAUACUGUCUUAAAGCACUUUACAAAGGAUAUUUAUAUAGUUUAUACAUUUUUUUUCCUUCCAAAAUAUUCCCAUCUCAACCCUGGCAAAAGAAAACUCCUUACAACAUAUUUGGAGUUGAUUUGUUUGCUUGCUUGUUUUAGAGUCAACGUCUCUCUCUGUUGCCCAUGCUGGCCUCCAACCCCUGGGCUCCAGAGGUCUUCUUAACUGCCCUGGUGGUUGGGACCACUGACCUCCUACCAUCAUGCCUACUGUUGGGGGACAUAGCCAAGAGAAUAGAAUGGUACAGGCUCCAUGGUAAAAGUCUUUGACUGGAUUGUGUUUGCUCAGUAGAAGUGAAACCUCUUUUUUGGCCCCUGCACAUAUUCCCAUGAGGCUCUUUAGGGAGAAGCAUGGGCACCUGUCCCUUUCCUGACCUUUGAGCUCACACAUGCCAGAGUGAAGUCCUUACUUUGAACUCUUAUUUAAAAGGAUUUUUUAAGGGGAAGAAUUUUUUUUUCUAAAAUAUAUGGUUUUAUCUUUUAAAUGGUUUCUUUUUUAGAAUGCUUUUAUAUUAUUCAGUCUUGCUAGUUUAUGAUAAUUAACUUAAAAUAUGUAUAGUGUAUUUCUGUUUUGCCUACUAAUAAAUUGUUAUACCAAA